AUGGUUAAAAUUACUUGUAAUUGUGUCUUAACAGUAAUUUUUGCUUUUAUUCUUCCUCCAGUUUCUAUGUAUUUAAUGGAAAAAUGUGAAAAGAGAUUUUGGAUUUCAUUAAUUUUAACUCUUCUCUUCUUCCUUCCUGGUCAAAUUUACACUAUAUUCUAUAUGGUAACUCAUCCAACUGAAUUAUAUGCUCCAGGUUUGAUGUAA